UCUCUCUCACACACACACAGGAGCUGUUUCACCAUCAAACAGCUGCACGGCAUCAAUCUGGAUAAGCGCUUCUCUUUCUCUCUCUCCCUCUCCUUUUUACAACAUCCACAACCUCACAUGAGACCCGGUCCUACAAGACCUGGCACCAACCUUACCAUCCAUGGACCGCUCCUACAGUCCAGCACCUAAACAUCGCACAACACUAGGAUUUAAAAUGAUAUAGAAAAAGCAAGUUUUGUUAUUAAGCCGACUGUAUUCCUCCUAUUAGGUUUUGAAACUUUUGCAACCUUCUGUUUCUUCCUCUUUUUUGCAAAGAUCCUGUUAAGCUCUAUGGAUGGGGCUGGAGCCAGGAUGUCUCUAGCAUUUCGAACCAGGACUCGGCAGCUUCAAGUGAUGCUGAACCAAAAAAAGAUCAAAGCGCGCAGAAAAAAGCGAAAGGAGUUGUUUUUGGGACAGAUCUGUUUAAUGGGCUUUUUGCUGUUGGUUGUAUCGUGUUUUUCAUGUCUGGCUGAGAAAUCAGGUUAUGAUAUAAUAAACUACACUACUGAUAAUUACGACAGGUGGAGUGGUCGGAGACUCAUGCAGGAAACUGAAAACAAUGAGACUGAGGAGGACCAGCUUAAAGACCAUCUGUUUAAAAACUGUACUGCGCCAGCUCUUCAUGAAUUCCCCACGGACCUUUUCUCACACAAGGAAAGAAGAGAAGGAGCCAUUGCACUGCAUGUCCUUUGUGCAAUGUACAUGUUCUAUGCCCUGGCUCUCGUUUGUGAUGACUACUUUGUGCCCUCUCUGGAUAAAAUUUGUGAACGCUUGCACCUCAGCGAAGAUGUUGCUGGAGCCACCUUCAUGGCAGCAGGCAGUUCAGCACCCGAGCUCUUUACUUCAGUCAUUGGUGUGUUUAUCACAAAGGGAGAUGUGGGUGUUGGAACCAUUGUGGGAUCAGCAGUUUUUAAUAUCCUCUGUAUAAUUGGAGUCUGUGGGGUAUUUGCUGGACAGGCUGUCACCCUGUCAUGCUACACUCUUCUUAGGGAUUCUGCAUAUUACACACUGUCAGUGGCAGCCCUCAUUGUGUUCAUUCAUGAUGAAAAGGUUUCCUGGUGGGAGUCAUUGGUCUUAAUUUCGAUGUACUUGGUGUACAUACUGAUCAUGAAGUUUAACUCCAGGGCACAGCGCUACUUUGAGAGAAGGAGGAAGAGUGCAAUUAACAUGAUCAAUGGUACAGCAAACAAUGCAGACAUGGAUGAUAACACCAACUGUGAUGCCACUGUAGUGCUACUUAAGAAAGGAAAUUUCCAUCGUAAGACAUCUGUCCUGAUGGUGGAUGAGCUCCUGUCAGCAUAUCCUCACCAGCUGUCGUUCUCUGAGGCGGGUCUGAGGGUCAUGAUCACCAGUCACUUUCCUGCACGCACCAGGCUCACUAUGGCUAGUCGGAUGCUGAUCACUGAGAGGCAGCGACUCGUAAACAACAAGACUUUCAGCAAUGGUGACUCUGAGGUGGCUAUCAGGAUCCCCAAUAAACACAGCAUCGAGAACGGCCUGGGCAUGGGUGCGUCCUCGGAGAGGGGCAUGAAUGGACACCACGGAGAAGAGGAUGGUAUGGAGACAGGAAACGAGACAGAGAACGAGAACGAGGACAAUGAGAAUAAUGAGAAUGAUGAAGAGGAAGAGGAGGAGGAUGACGAUGAUGGGCCUUUCUUACCCUUUGAUCCCCCAGCUGGCAUAUGUAACAGGUUAAAGUGGCUUAUCGCUUGGCCACUGUGUCUCCUGCUGUACUUCACAGUCCCUAACUGUGGUAACCCCCGCUGGGAGAAGUGGUUUAUGGUCACCUUCAUAACCUCUACCAUGUGGAUUGCAUGUUUCUCCUACGUAAUGGUCUGGAUGGUGACAGUAAUCGGCUACACUUUGGGAGUUCCUGAUGUAAUCAUGGGUAUUACCUUUCUGGCAGCAGGAACCAGUGUACCCGACUGUAUGGCAAGUCUCAUUGUGGCCCGGCAAGGAAUGGGGGAUAUGGCUGUCUCAAACUCCAUUGGCAGCAAUGUCUUUGACAUCUUAGUAGGGCUUGGACUUCCUUGGACAUUGCAAACCUUGGCCAUAGAUUAUGGCUCUUAUAUCCAUCUCAAUAGCAAAGGACUAAUUUUUUCUGUGGGUCUGUUGCUAGCUUCAGUUUUUCUCACAGUUCUGGGUGUGCACUUGAACAAAUGGGUUUUGGAUAAGAAACUGGGGUUUGCGUGCCUUUUCAUGUACGCCAUCUUCCUGUGUUUCUCCAUCAUGAUCGAGUUCAAUGUUUUCACAUUUGUGAACUUGCCAAUGUGCCGGGAUCACUGAUUGCUCUAUUCAGGGGCAGCUUCUGGCUUUUUCUUUGUUUGGAUGAUUUUUAAAUUAUUUUAGUUUUUUUUUCUCCAGUGCAAUAUGGACAAGGCUUGCACAUCUGUUUGUGGAAAGGAAACUUAGUGCACUAAAGCUUAUAUUUUAAACUGUCAGUGACAAACCAUGCAGACAGGACGUGAAUAAAAUAUUGAACAAUGCCUGCAUUUAUGUGAAAAAGAAUUUUAGAUUUUGUAUGUGAAACACAGACUGAUUUUUGCAAUGGAUCUCCUUUUCAUUAGCUGCUAACUGGCUGGAAGCUGACUGAAUAUAUACUGGAUCAUUAAUAUCAUUUUUUUAUUUUAAUUUUUCAAAGACAUUUUUCUGUGACUCUGUGAAAGGUACAGGUGACCUGAUUUAUAUAUAUGGACAUGGCAACCUCAUCUUACGAGUUCCAUUUUAAUUCUGCAUCAAUUUUCUUGCGCCUAAUCAAAGUCUGAUACCAUCUAGUCCUUUUUUUAUUCCUCUUCAUUGUGCUUCUGUAUUUGGAUGUCAAAUUGCCAAGUGAUUAUUUAAACCAAUUAAUGGAAAAGAUGAAGACAGUGUUUUGUUGUGGCUUUAUGAUAACUGCGGACUAUAACCUACAGUGUACAAUGUCACAAUAUGCUGUGUUUUAUGGGUUUAUAUUUGCAAAGCUGGUAGGGUUCAAACAUUUUAUACUGUAGGUAUUUCUCUAAGUUCUACUCACCUUUACACAUACAAUAUUGCAGUAUUAACACAGACUUACAGAACAGAGUCCAUUAUUAAAGGGUAAUGGUAGAGAAAAAUACACUAUAAAUAACUAUAUUAUAAAACAAUUCUGAAGAAUUUAGCAGCAAACUUCUUUAAAAAUAACAUUUAUUAAUGGGUUUAAACAAAAGGUAUUCCGGGAUUUCAGGAUGUCAAGACAUUUGCAUUCCUUCUUUAGGCAUAUUACAUGAAAUCAAAAGAAUCUGAGAAUCUGAAUAUAAUUAGACACAGUAUUUUGUUUUUCUUAAUUUAUUUAGCAAUAUAUAUGCACUGUCUUUGCAUGCUUAUGGUUUUUCUGAAAAAAUCAAAAAGGUUAACUUGCUACACAGGAAAGAUAAUAAUAGGAGUGAAGUCCUGCACUGCCAUAAUUGCAUAUCAGCUUUCUAUUGUUUUUCUACUUCCAUUUCCAUUAAUGUUUCAUGACCUUUUUAUGCCCAGUGUUUAUGUGGAGAAACACAAAAAUAUUAAGCUGUUGUCUCUCAUGAAAACCACUGUAAGCCAGACUUCCCAGUUUUAAGGCAAAGUAGGACACUAAAAUUACAUUUUAAAAUCCUGUGGCUUAAACUAAAAGAAAUCUGAAAAUAUACAUACUUAUACAGGUACUUGCCAGAUGAGCAUUUCUGAACUGGCAAAUUGGAAGUGUAUGUAAAGUUGUAUCUACUGGAUCUGUGUCAUGUGUAGCCCCCACCCCAUUGUAAUACUGUCUUGUAUUAGCACUGAGGUUGCAGAAAGGAAAUCGUUGGAGUUCUGCAUGUCAAUUUUAGGAUCAGUGUGAAAACCUUGAGAAACAUGCAAUUUAAAACUAUUCUUUACAGUUACCACUGACUUUAUAAGAUGCCAAGAAGUCAAGGAGAUUGUCAAUCCUGCCUAAAGAGGCAUACCUCACCUGAUUAAAAAUCAAGUGCACCAAUACAGAUAGCUUACAAGCCUCUAACAUUUGUGCUCUCUCCCAAUUCACUGUCCUUUUGGAAAGUGGAUGAACAUUGGUACAGUUCCGCAUAUCCAUAUCAUUAUCUUUGCAGGUUAUUUAUGUAGGUUAUUUACUGUAGGUUAUUUACUGUGUGGCAGGAAGGAACGUUAGUAUAUUAUGCUUCAGUAGUUAAAGAAGAAAGAGCUAUGAAGGGCAAUAUUAUUGUGAGAUUCUGAUGUUCUCCCAGAAAAGCCUUCCUACUUCUUUGAUAAACUAAGCACUACUCAUCAAGUUAGUACUGGAAUAUUUUUCUGUUUAUUAUAUAUCUAUUUGUUUAAAUGAUUUAAUCCUUUCUCUUUUGGAACUUUCAAGUCCGUUGGCACAUCUCCAGGGAAUGAGGCUGCUGUGUGUUAUCAGGGGACAGACCCAGAAAUGUUUUUUUCCAUGAUAAUAGUAUUUUAAUGUGCUUCAAUAUGAUUAUCGCUCGCAACCUUUUUUUCUUUUGUGACGUCUUUCAGAUGUUAAAAAUAGAAUGAGAAUGAAUGGCAGUUUACUGUAUGAACUGCAGUCUAAAUCUUUUCAUUUCACAAAAUAGUAACUGUUUUUUAUUUUAUUUUCUUAAUACCAAUAAUAACGUAACUUUUAAUAUUCCCUCAAAUUUCACAAUAUAAUAGGAUUUUUUUUAAAUGUAAAAAUAUUUUAUCGUUUGAAGAUCUACUCAAGGCUGUAUUUUUUUUUAUUUUAAGGUAUUUUAAUUCUACAAUAACUGCACAAUUGGCCAAUAAUAAAACUGUUCAUGAGUAAAGGGAAUUACUGUAGUUGCUAAAGAUAAAAUUGAAAUAAAUGCAAAAUAAGACAAAGGGAAGUGAAUAGAACCUCUAGCAGUUUUAAAUCUUUAGGUCUUUUAAAGUGUUUUCAGUCAGCUUUUUUGAGUUUUUAUUUUCUCUGAAUUACCUUUGCAUGUUUUUUGUUCUAUUUCAAUACAAAAUAGAAAUGUCACAGAAUGUUUCCCAAGCACAUCGGAAAUCAUCCUUUGAUCCCAGAUUCUUUGCCUCCAAUCCCUGGAAUCAGGCUUACAGGAACAAUCCAAAUGAAACCCAAAUUAAAGUCUGCGCUUCACUGCUUCAUUGCUUCAGCUUGUUGUCAUCUGACAUCGGUAGGCAUUUGGUGUGGCUGCUCAUUGUUUCAAAUUUCGGUCAGUGGAAAAUGUGUCCUUUGGAAUUCGACAGGAAAGCUUCACUCAUGAAAUCACCAGGAUGCUUAUAUAUUUUCAUGCUAGUGGCACAACCACAGCAUUGCAUCCUGUCCAGUUUUUCAUCUCAGCCCCUUUGUGUAACCUUUUCAGAUGCUCAUAUAAUGGAUUGGCAUUCAAAAAUACUGGAGAAAAGAAUUAGUAAAUCACAUAAAUCAGUAAAUGUAUUGCCAGUUAUUUAUUUGUAAACCUGAAAUACUUAUUAAAGUAACUAAUUGAUUUUCUACCAUUUAUAAGAGAGAUAGUGUGGGACAAUGGUUAGUUUUCUGUACUCAUUACUGGAAAAUUGUGAAUUCAGAUCCUGUGAGGGAUAUUGCGGUUGUUUGCUUAUAAAUGGCCUUAGAUAACUCCUGUAAAAUGCCCUGUUGUACCAAUUGAAGUUAUUUUGGAUAAUAUGAUUCCAAAGAUCACAGGUUUCUGGAAAACGUGGACUUCCUCUACAGUCUUCACCUCCACAAAAAACGUUAUCCUACGAAUAUUGGCUCACAACUGGCAAGUGUUUACAGACUCUGCACCAUUUUCUUGAACUUUCAUGGAAGCACUGCAGUAUAUUUUAGUCUCUUAUUUUGUUGUCUAUAUAUAGGGAGAUAUAUGAACAGAAUUCCAUAUAUAUGCUUAUGUGAGUUUUUGUCUAUGCUAAUGCAGAAUUACAAACUUGUUCUGCCCAAUGACAGUUUGCUUUUCCUUUUUGUUGUGAUGAACAAAACUCUUUAGAUGAAUUGAAAAAGUAUUUUGCUCUCUUUAGGUGAAUACACACUAGAAAACCUUUCGCCUGUUGUUUGGCUCUCUGUAGAAUAUAUCAUUGUAUAUAAAUAUAGUCUAGCCCCAAUGUAUAUGUGUGUUGUACUAUAUGGGGUCUUAACUGAUAAUAAUAGUCUAACUAUAUUUUUUUCUCUCAAGAAUGUCCAUAGCUCAGAUUAUAAUUGCAAAGCCAUUUUGACUUUACAAGGAGCAAAGCAAACACAUGGAUAGAAUUGCAGCACUAAUGACAACUAAUGGGAACUUGUGUUUGUAUUGCAAGACACAAAACAGUGGGUUUAAUUGAAGUUUAAGUUUUGUGUCCAGGCAAUUUUGAG